AUGCCGCUGGAGAACUCCAGUGAGGAAGAUGACGACCUUCAAUAUGUGGAUCAUGACUAUGAAGUACCACAGCAAAAAGGUUUGAAGAAGAUAUGUAACAGGGUGAAAUGGACACGUGAUGAGGAUGAAAGGCUAAAGAAGCUGGUGGAACAAAAUGGUACAGAUGAUUGGGCUUUCAUUGCUAGUCAUCUACAAAAUCGUUCAGAUUUUCAGUGCCAGCAUCGAUGGCAGAAGGUACUAAACCCGGAACUGAUUAAAGGUCCCUGGACUAAAGAAGAAGAUCAGAGGGUUAUUGAAUUAGUUCAGAAGUAUGGUCCAAAGCGCUGGUCUCUAAUUGCAAAACACUUGAAAGGAAGAAUAGGCAAGCAAUGCAGAGAGAGAUGGCAUAACCAUCUCAAUCCUGAGGUAAAGAAGUCUUCGUGGACAGAAGAAGAGGACAGAAUAAUCUAUGAAGCUCACAAGCGUUUGGGAAACCGAUGGGCUGAAAUAGCAAAACUUCUUCCUGGAAGGACUGAUAAUUCGAUUAAAAAUCACUGGAAUUCAACAAUGCGAAGAAAGGUGGAACAGGAAGGAUAUUUACAAGAUGGUAUAAAGUCUGAAAGAGCUAGUUCAUCCAAACUUCAGCCCCAACCUGGUCUGACUAUGGAACACUUGCACACUCAGAAUCAAUUUUACAUACCUGUUCAGACACAUAUUCCAGCAUACCAGUAUGCCUCACCAGAAGGCAGCUGUCUAGAACAUGCUUCAGCUUCUUCCAACUUAGUUCAGCAGUCAUUUAUUGAUGAUGAUCCUGAUAAAGAAAAGAAAAUAAAGGAACUUGAAUUGCUACUUAUGUCAGCAGAGAAUGAAAUCAGAAGAAAACGAGUGUCUUCUCAAGCUGGAACCUUACCUUGUUGGUCUGGAAGUUUUGUCAUGGAAGAUUGUGUGUCUAAUACACUAAAUAGCCUUGGGGAACAAACAAGUGAGUUCUACAGCAUGGAUGAGACCCACGGCACAUCUGUUCAGCAGAAUUCACCACCUAAGUAUUUGGCUGUGGAAGCAAAUACGUUGUUAUCAUCUCUACAGACCAUUCCAGAAUUUGCAGAGACGCUAGAGCUUAUUGAAUCUGAUCCUGUAGCGUGGAGUGAUGUCACCAGUUUUGAGCUUUCAGAGGCUGUUGCAUCACCUGUCAAGCCAGCUCCAGUAAAACUAAUGCGGAUUCAGCACAAUGAAGGGGCUGCUGAGUGCCAGUAUAAUGUCAGCGUUGUGCUUGAUGGCAAAAAACACAGUAGCAUCAGUGGCGAGGAAGAAGCAGUUUUUCCAACAACCCCAAACUUAACUAAAUUCAGCACUCCACCUACUAUCCUAAGAAAGAAAAAGAGAUUGCGUGUUGGGCAAUCACCAGUUAAUGAACUGAAUGAUGGCUUGUGUAAUGAUGCCACCAAUGUUGCACUAAAGCAUACACCAGUGAAAACACUACCAUUUUCUCCAUCACAGUUUUUCAACACUUGUUCUGGAAAUGAACAAUUUAACCUUGAAAAUCCUGCAUUUACAUCGACUCCAAUCUGUGGGCAGAAAGUUCUUAUUACGACUCCUCUACACAAGGAAAUGACACCAAAAGAUCAAAAGGAAAACGUGGGUUUUAGAACUCCCACAAUUAGAAGAUCUCUUUUGGGUUCAACACCAAGGACGCCAACUCCUUUUAAAAAUGCUUUGGCUGCUCAGGAAAAAAAGUAUGGUCCCCUCAAACUUACGUCACAACCACUUGCCUUCUUGGAAGAAGACAUUAGGGAAGUUUUGAAAGAGGAAACUGGAACAGAUAUAUUUCUCAAGGAGGAAGAUGACACUGUGUAUAAAAGCUGCAAGCAGGAGCACAACUCUUCUAAAAAAGUCAGAAAAUCACUGGUCCUAGAUCCAUGGGAAAAAGAAGAGGUUGGUGCCCAGCUCUUCACAGAAGAUAAUAGUUUAGAUGUACAGUCAGAAAAUGCAUACACCACAUCUUUAUUAAUGAUACCAUUGUUGGAAAUAUAUGACAAGUGAUGUAACCUGAAAUCAGAAAACCAGGAUACAAAUCCAGCAAACAAAGCAAAUGCAGUAAUUAAGAAGAAACUGAAUGCAUGUGCUUCAAAAAAUGUCAAAAUGGAGAAAGCUCUUCAGUCAAAUUGUGAGUGGGAAGCAGUUGUUUACGGAAAAACAGAAGACCAGCUUAUCAUGACUGAACAAGCAAGAAGAUAUCUGAGCACAUACACAGCUACCAACAGCACUUCGAGGGCUCUGAUACUGUGA